AUGCAGGAAGCAGCAUUGGCGGCACUAGAAAAGGAGCAUAGAGAGAAGAAAGAACGACAUCACGCAUCACUCAAUCGAAAUAAUUUCUCGAAUGCAGUAGGGAACAGCAAGAAGAAGGACAGAGCUGGUUUCAUAGAUUAUGAAAAUGACCAAUUCCUUUGGGAUGCGUCGUUGAAGGAUAAUAUGAAAAAGGUCUUUAGAAUCAACGAUUUUAGGCUGUGUCAAAGAGGGGUCUGUAACGCGAAUAUGGAUGGAAGAGACAUCGUAGUGGUUAUGCCGACCGGCGGUGGAAAAUCGCUGACCUACCAACUUCCUGCAAUCAUGACUGCUGGGGUCACUCUCGUGCUAUCUCCCUUAAUUUCUCUUAUCACCGACCAGAUUAUGCAUCUGAAAAACGUAGGAGUCGAAGCAGUCAAAAUUACAGGGUCCACUCCCAAACUAGAUCAAGACAAUAUCAAUGCGAGACUGGGUGGCAUGGCUGCUGGACGAGACACAAACGAGAAAGAAAUUAAACUGUUAUAUUGCACGCCGGAGAAACUUGCCAAGAGCAAACGCUUCGUGGCGCUCUUACAAAGGUUGGCUGAUGCUUUGAAAUUAGCGCGAAUUGUCAUUGACGAAGCUCAUUGCGUCUCACAAAUGGGACACGAUUUUCGACCAGACUACCAAAAACUACACAUCCUCCGUCAACUCUUCCCGAACGUCCCAAUCAUGGCGCUAAGCGCUACGUGUCCACCGCUUGUUCUUGCUGAUUUAUUGAAAGUGUUGAGGUUGGGCACAACUGUGCCUUCAGAUAGUGUCCCCAGAUCCAAGCACCCACCCAACACAGUAUACUUUACCUCCCCGCUCUACCGCCCGAACUUGCACUAUCAAGUCCUCCCGAAGGCCGCCGAAGGUAACAGAGUGUACGAGGAGAUAACAACGUGGAUUUUGGAGAAGCAUCGUGAGGAUAGUGGGAUCGUGUACUGUCUGAGCCGGAAGGAUACCGAAAAGGUUGCUGCUGAGCUUAACAAACGUGGUGGGAUUCGUACUGGAGUUUAUCAUUCUGAGCGUAGUGAUAGCGAGAAGGAGACAUUACAUUGGAACUGGCAGAAGGGGACUGUCAAGGUUGUUUGUGCGACUAUUGCUUUCGGGCUGGGUAUCGACAAGGGCGAUGUAAGAUUUGUGAUACAUCAUUCAAUAUCGAAAUCUCUGGACGGGUACUAUCAAGAAUCCGGACGAGCGGGACGAGACGGGAAAGACUCGGAUUGUGUUAUGUAUUAUCGGGCCCAAGACGCAUCAACACUUAGUUCGAUGGCGAUGGCGGAUAAGGAUGGGAGCACAAAAUUAUACGCAAUACUUUCAUUCGCGCAAAAUUUAAAGCAAUGUAGGAAGAUUCAAUUCGCAAAGCAAGUCUUUCGUCCAGUUGUCUACUUCUCUCACACCUCCAAUGUUUCCAUAACCUCCUGGUCUACUUCAUCUGUCUCUGCACAUACUCCUUGUGGGCACUGCGACAACUGUACUCGAGAUGCGGACUCGUUUGAAGACAAGGAUGUGACAUUUGAGGCCUGGCAAUUGCUGAAAAUUGUACAGGAGGUAACUAGGGGCGGAGGCAACGUGACGCUGGCAAAGACGGCGGAGUUGGCGCGAAGUUCGGGCAAGGCCGCUUAUACGGGAACUGGAGACGGUGGAGCAGGGGGUGGUCGUAGCGGAAAGAGGGGAAGGAAAGGCGGUGGUGGUAGGAAAGAGAAUGUUGUCAUGGAUCUGGAUGCUGUCUGCGGAGGAAAGGUUCAGUUGAAAAGGGAGGACAUAGAAACUCUUCUCAUUGAACUACUUCUCAACCGGUACCUCAAGGAGCAAUACUACAGCACAGCUUAUGCGACUGUGGUGUACAUUCAAUUGGGUGAACGCGCACCAAUGCUCACACGCUUU